AGCUGCUCUGCAUCUGGGAGGCGGCCGGAAGUAACCGCACUGUCCCACCUCUUCCUGCGCCUGCCUGCCUGGCCCCUCCCGCUGCGUGACGUGGGGGGAGGCGAGGUGGCUCCCGGCUGCUUCCUUAUUGGCGGCUGCUGCGCGGCGCGUGGAUUCGGGAUGUCGGUUCCUCUGCGGCGGCUCCGCGAGACCCCGCGGCACCUGCUGGUGUGCGAGAAAAGCCACGUGCGCCAUGAGCGCUCCCGGCACGCGGCGCACGUGCGGAGCCACGCCUACAACUGCCGCGUGUCAUUUUUGAUCCCUGAAUGUGGAAUUCUUCCAGAAGCACUGAAAAGUGUUAUCACAGACAUUGGAGAGUAUUAUUUGGUGAAGAAUUUAUCCCUUCAUGAAUUGGUUACGCAUGAAUUUAUCAAUACAUUCGUGAAGAAAGGUUCAUGCUAUGCUCUUACAUACAACACAAAAAUUGAUCAAGAUAAUUCUGCUGCUCUACUACCGACUGGAAAACUAAUUAUAUCAGUAGACAAGGACACAUAUGAGGAGCUUGGACUACAAGGUCGUCCAUCUCAGUAUUCUGGUAAAAAAGUCAUGAGAUAUAUUGUUACCAUUGACUUGACUGACUCGGCCUUUGAUCCUGAUAGUAAGAAACAUAAAAGAGUGCUUUGGGCCUUGAAAGAGAAGAAACCUUUAGAAUUUGAUUUCCUGCUGUCCUGGUAUAACACAGGUGCAGAAGGAUCAACACUGAUGUCAUACUUUUCCAAAAACCAAAUACAAGCCCAUCAGCCAAAAACAACAUUCAGCACAUUAAGAAAUUUGCAGUGUCCAGUGUUCCAUAGUAAUGAACUGCAAGGAAAGCUGGAAGAGUCAUGCAGUGCACAGGAACUGUUUGAAUGGCUAGGUGCCGUUUGCAACAAAGUUGGUUUAGACAACAAGUCAUUUAGCUUCUUAUCAACCUAUUGCUGUCCUCAGCCCAGCACAGUAGUGGAGCAAGCCUAUUUGUGCACAAUCACUGGCUUUAUAGUCCCAGAGAAGAUAAUUCAGUUAUUGGAACAGCUAUGUUGCUAUUUUGAUGAACCAAAAUUGGCGCAGUGGGUGACCUUAACCGUACAUGGCUUUGCAGACAGCCCUGUUUCCUGGAGAGAAAGUGAACAUGGUUUCCAAAAGGGAGGAGAGAACUUAUACAAUUUUGUUGUUUUUAGGAACCUGGACUAUUGGCUUCAAAUGGCUGUUGGAGCAAAUGAUGAUUGCCCACCUUAAAAGUUCUGCCUAUAGGAAAGUUUCUUAAAAAGAAUUAUCUGAGAUGUGCUUACAAAAAUAUCAGACAAUUAAUUAGCCAUUGAAAGGAUCUAUGUAUAUAGGAAGUUUUUCAUGUUAGCAUCUUAUUGCUUCCACGUGACAACUGGAGAAGUCUUGUUUACUGGAAUGUGUAUUUUUGUCAUAUCUAUUUUUAAUAAAAAGUGAAACAUC